UACUAUUACAAUUAAACAAAUAUGUUUAUUAUAAUAUGUGUAUUUUAUUGUAUGCAACACUGUGAUAUUACUAUAGCAUUUAGAAGUUGCAGAUUCUACAUAGGAACUUUUUUUCCGAGACCUGAUUUGUGUCACCCGAGCUUAUUUUGUAAACGGGACUUUAAAACAAAAAUGGCGGCGGCCACGGCGAGUAAGGUUUUCCCGUUUCGAGAUAGCCGAGCGGUCCCAGACCCGGUUCUGGAACUCAGCCCGCAGUGUUUACAUCCCUCGCCGGUCCCGAUCGUCAUCGACAAUGGUUCGUUCCAGACCCGGGCUGGCUGGGGCUGCGGCGGCGACAGGUUUGCCGAGCCCAGUCUCAUAUUCAAGUCGGUGGCGGCGCGGAGUCGAGGCGCAGCCCGCAGCGAGACCCAAAUCGGAAACGAUAUCCCCAACCUGGAGCCGCUCCGCUGGCUGCUCAAGAGCCAGUUCGACAGGAACGUGGUGGUCAAUUUCGAGAUUCAAGAGCUCAUGUUCGAUUACGUAUUUAUGCACUUGGGAAUCAGCACAGAGGGCUGUGUGGAGCACCCAGUGGUUUUAACAGAGUCGCCCUGCAACCCGCUGCACAGCCGUCAGAUGAUGUCAGAGCUCCUGUUCGAGUGCUACCGAGUGCCCAGAGUGUCCUAUGGGGUGGACAGCUUGUACAGUUACUACCACAACACCACCAUGAGGGGGCUGGACCCUCCAUCCACUGGACUGAUCAUCUCUUCCGGGUAUCACUGCUCACACGUACUGCCUGUUUUAAAUGGAAGGCUGGACGCCAGGAACUGCAAGCGCAUCAACGUGGGGGGCAGCCACUCAGCUGCAUACCUGCAGAGGCUUCUGCAGCUGAAAUACCCAGGACACCUGGCAGCCAUCACACUGAGCCGCAUGGAGGAGACUCUGCACCAGCACUGCUACAUCGCACAGGACUACCAGCAGGAGCUGGAUCGAUGGCGCUGCGGGGAGUUCUAUGAGAAGGAGGUUCACCGGCUGCAGCUUCCCUUCUCCCAGAAGCUCCUGAGCAGCACGCUGAGUGCCGAGGAGCGGCUGGAGAGACGGUCACAGCAGCUGCGCCGCCUGCAGGAGCUGAACGCGCGGCGCAGGGAGGAGAAGCUGCAGCUCGACCAGGAGCGACUCGAGAGACUGCUCAGUGUGCAGGAGCUGCUGGAGGAUGGGCUGCUGGAGCAGUUCCACAAGGCUCUGGUGGAGCUCAACAUGGACUCUGCGGAGGAGCUGCUGUCUUACAUCAACAAGCUGAGCCUGGCUGUGGAGCAGAGCAAGCACAAGAUCCUGCAGGCAGAGGGCAGCGUGGAGGUGGAGGUGGUGGACAUCAAGCCAGAGACCCCCGAUCUGGAGCAGACCCUGGAUGAGUCCGAGCUGGAGCCAGAGUUCAGCGAGGACCAUACCGAAGUGGAGAAGCCAGCCAAUCCUGUGCAGCCCAUGUUCAACCUGGCAGAGUAUCACCAGCUGUUCCUGGGCACGGAGAGGCUGCGGGCUCCCGAGAUCAUAUUCCAGCCCUCGAUGAUCGGAGAGGAGCAGGCUGGCAUAGUGGAGACUGUGCAGUAUGUGCUGGACAGGUACCCAAAGGAGCAGCAGGGGGAGCUGGUUCAGAAUGUGCUGCUGACCGGGGGGAACCUGAUGUACCCGGGUACGAGGGAGAGACUUGAGAGGGAGCUGCUGGCGAUCAGACCCUUCCAGUCCCACUUUCAGGUAAGGAUGGCCUCCAAUCCGGUGCUGGAUGCCUGGUACGGCGCCCGAGAUUGGGCUCUGAUGUGUACUGACCAAGAGGAAGGCUGGAUCACAAGGAGCGACUACGAGGAGAAAGGGGGAGAGUAUUUAAAAGAGCACUGCGCGUCAAACACAUUCGUCCCCAUGAGCAUCGCCAAACAGACUCCUAAAGCUCCAGAGCCAGCACCAACACCAGUACCAGCUCCCAUUGCUCCCAGCACUCCCAUCACAGGCUGAAUCGCUCGCCGCAGAUUGAGUACUGGCUUCUGUAAGGGCUCCACCAGUACGAGUGGGCGCUGGGACAGCAGUGGCACACUGGAACAGUUCACAGACGCUUUACAUUUGGACUAGUCUAUAUGGUAUCCAAACUGAUGUCAUAUCCUGUCACGCUACGUGCUAAACCUGAUGUGGAAAUUAGCAUGCAGGAAACUUUGCAGCCUGAGGAAAGUUUAAAGCUGUUGCUUGGUUCUGAACUCUGUAUAAAACAAAACAAGACUUGAGCCAUGAGAGAGCUAGAGAGUUUUUUUUUUAUUUUAUUAUUCUAAUAAUAUUUUUUUAUCCAAACCUUGUAUAUGCAAAUAUAAAAGGGGAUCAACAGAUUUGA